GCCACUGCGCCCCGCCCCCGCCCCCGCCCGCAGUGCCCGGAUGUGGGUGACGUGCAGCCGCCAUCUUCCCGUCCCCGGUAGCCAGCGCCAGUCGGAGCCAGCGCGAGCCGCCAUUCUUGCAGCUGCCAAGUCCUGCACCCGCUGCCCCCGCCAUGUCGGCUACCGCUGCCACCGCCCCCCCUGCCGCCCCGGCUGGGGAGGGAGGCCCUCCUGGGCCCCCUCCAAACCUCACCAGUAAUAGAAGACUGCAGCAGACCCAGGCCCAGGUGGAUGAGGUGGUGGACAUCAUGAGGGUGAACGUGGACAAGGUCCUGGAGCGGGACCAGAAACUGUCAGAACUGGACGACCGUGCAGAUGCACUCCAGGCGGGGGCCUCCCAGUUUGAAACAAGUGCAGCCAAGCUCAAGCGCAAAUACUGGUGGAAAAACCUCAAGAUGAUGAUCAUCUUGGGAGUGAUUUGCGCCAUCAUCCUCAUCAUCAUCAUCGUUUACUUCAGCUCUUAAACCCCCGAGGAGCCUGCCCUGCCCAGAGAAGGGCCUCUCCCCCCCAUUCCCAGCUGCUCCUCCACCUCUCAGCCAUAUCUUCCAGCCCCCCAUCCGUGUGUGUCUGUGUGUGUGCCCCCCUGUAAAUAGCCAGCUGUUAUUUAUACAUAUAUAAUAUUAUAUAUAUUUGGUCUGUUUGUAGUUUUAUUACUAGAAGAUUUUUCCGGUUGUCCUUAACACCCCUUCCUGAGGUUCCCGUCCUUCCUCUUUCCCUCCUUCCCGUUCCCUCUUUUCCUUACCAGCCCCAAGUCCCUUCAUUUGCAUCUGCUAUGCAAUAGUCCCUCUUCCUCCCUUCUUUCCUUGGACUUAGCUGACCCUUCCUUCCACCCUGGCCUUCCCCAUACCCGCACCCCCCCUACAAACAAGACAAAAAGCAAUUGUCCAGGCCUCCCUAGGUGCAUCGUCUGUGCAUCAUUUGGGAGGCUCUGAGACUGGCCCCACUUGGUCCUAUGAAUCCCAAGGUCUGGGAGUUUCCAGCAUGUUAACUAGCAUUCAUUUGCACACUGACAUCCCUUUUGGUUUCCUUCUUUUUUGUUCCAUCACUCUUUGUUUUUUCAACCCGUCUGUUUUUUGUUUUGUUUUGUUUUGUUUUUUUUUUACUGAGGAGUUAGUCCCCAUUGGUCACACUUUCAUUUGCAUGACAUUACUUGUAGGUGGUGGGGAGCCUGGGCUUUUGGGGAACCAGGCUGCUCUGGCCCCCAGAAUCAUCCCCUCCUAGCCCCGCUAGUCUAGUUUGCCUCCCCUACCCCCAUUUUCCAAGCCUCUUGUCCCCUCCUCUCCCUCCCUCCAGCUGGUGUAUAAGUGUCUUGGAGUUCAGUGUGUUAUGAUGGACCAAUAAUUCUGCCACUUAGAGUUUCUCCCCACAUUCCUGAUCCCCAGUUUUCAUGUGGGGCACUCAACUGACAUUCCCAUGGGGUCUCCCUCCCAUCUGACUGAUCUGCCCCUCCUCCUCCCACCAGGAGAGUUGGGGGUUGGCCAUAAUCUGAUAUCUUUUGGGAGGUGGCUGCCAGUGUGUGAGGGGUCAUCACUGCCUUGGAGAGGAGUGGAGCAGGGCAGAGAAUCUCCCCAAUUCCUGCCUGAAGUCUCCUCUGGCCCCACCCCUGCUGGGGGUUGGACUGAAAACCCUCCUCAGUUUGGGGGGUGUUGCCUCCUUCACUGCCCAGCUCCUCUGACUGCCCUCGCUGAAUUCAGAGCGUGGGUACUAGUCACUGCCAAUGUGUGUGCGGGACUUGCUGAAAGAUGGGGGUUCUUGCCCCUCUCCAUGGUGGUCCAGCCCAGAGAGAGAGCUGUCUCCUCCUUAGGUGAAGUGAUAGAGGAAGGGUCUAAUGUCUUUUUAAAUGGCACAAUUUUAGGGGUUUAAGGGUGCAGUCCCUUAAACUGUCACUAGAGGGGACCCCCCCCAAACUCUUUCCCCCACACUCAAGGUGUCUGUGGAGGGGGAACAGGGAGAUCUAAGCUGUGGUGUGAAAGGGUAGGGAGAGAUGCUGGGGGUGGGGGUGUUGUGCUCUAGACCCCCCCAUAUUAUCCCAGUGUCCCCUGCCCCCCUUCCCUCACCCCAUGCCCCCAAUUCUGUGGCGCAUCCAGAUUGUGAAAAUGUACAAUAAAUGUGUAAUGAGUAACUAA